CUGAUCAAUGGAAGUUUCAUAGCUAAUCAUGAAGACCAAGAAGAAGAAGAAGAAGAAGCAACUUUCAUGGCUCAAUUACUCUUCAACACCAAAGCUAAUUCCCCACCUGACCCUUUCAUGGCUACCCUUUCUUAUGAUCAAACACCUUCUUCUUCAACCUUCAAUUAUAGUCUUUCACAAGAGAGUAGUGAUGAAAUAUUAUUCCCUAACAAUAAUCAUUAUUAUUAUUCCAAUCCAAUGAAUAAUAAUAAUAGCAAUAGUAGUAAUUAUUUUUCAUUGGGAGAGCUUGGAACUUAUUACAGUAACGAUAAUGGGAGUGAUUUCCAUGUUCAAGUUCCUGAGGACUCUAUGAACGUAGAGGUGAGUGAGAAUAAUUUGCAGCCUUGUUUUGAAGAAGCUGAGUUGAUAAAAUUACCCGAAGAAGAAGCUGCUCAUUAUCACAUUGAUCAGAUUAAUUGCAAGAAAAGAUCAAGAGGAGAAUUUGGAGAUCAUGUACAAAAGGGGAGGAAUGAGAGAUCAAAGAAAGCUCAAAAGCUUACCUCAAGCACCAACACUACUGAAGAAGAUGGCAAUGCUGGCCUUAGCAGGCAAAGCACAAGCACCUACUGCUCGGAAGACGAAUCCAACGCCUCUCUCGAUCAAAACGGUGGAGCUAAUAACUCCAGAUCAAGUCUGAAUGGGGCGAACAAAUCCCGAGCCAGCAGAGGCUCAGCCACAGACCCUCAGAGCCUUUAUGCAAGAAAAAGAAGAGAAAGAAUUAAUGAGAGGUUGAGAAUCUUACAGACCCUUGUCCCAAAUGGAACGAAGGUUGAUAUCAGCACAAUGCUUGAGGAAGCUGUUCAAUACGUGAAGUUUCUACAACUCCAAAUCAAGCUACUAAGCUCUGAUGACUUAUGGAUGUACGCUCCAAUUGCUUACAACGGAAUGGAUAUCGGCCUUAAUCCGACGACCCCAAAAACAGCAAAAGAGAAAGAAUUAUGAAACAAAGAAGAUAGGGUGUGAUGUAUAAUAUUUGAGAAGAAAAGGUUUAAUCUUGUGGAGAAACUAAUAGUGUGUUUUUUGUAAAACUUUUUGAUAGAUUUUUUUUUUUCAUCAAGUUGGUGAUGAACAAUGGAGUCACAUAUGAGAGUUUGGUAGAGCAAAUUCGAUUCAAGGAGUUUUCGAGUUUUCGAACCUUUGAGAUUAAAUUGUAUUGUAAAGGCCUUAAUUUAAAUAUCGAUAAUGUAUAUAUAUACAUUACAACCAA